AUGCCCCAGUAUAAAGUUCAGCUCACAGUCUCACUCUUAACCUUCUGGAGCCUGCCCAUCACGGCCCAGCUAGCUAUUGUGUCAGUCAAUGUUGCUGAAGGGAAAGAUGUGCGUCUACAGAUGCGCAAUAAGCCACCGGAUGCAGUUGGCUUCGUGUGGUACAGGGGGGAAGGAGCUGACAAACGUCAUGCAAUUGCACUUCUUUCACGAAGCAGAAGAAUGUAUGCAAAUGGUCCUGAGCACAGUGGUCGAGAGAGAAUAAACUCAGAUGGAACCUUGCUGAUAAAGAAGGUCACCAUGAAAGAUGCAGGAAUGUACACCGUAGUGGUCUUCCUUACCAAUUACAAAAAGGAAAUAGGAUUCGGACGGCUCCGUGUAUACCCACCUGUGAUAUUGGCCAGAGUCGAAGCCAGUAACACCACAGUCACAGAGAAUGACGACAGUUUGGUCUUGCACUGCUACACAAAUGGGGUCACCAUCCAGUGGUUGUUCAAUGGCAUGUAUCUGCAGCUCACGGAGCGUGUGACACUGUCUGGAGACCACCGACACCUCACCAUAAACCCCGUCAAGAAGGAAGAUUCGGGGUGGUACCAGUGUAGAGCCUCCAACCCCCUCACGGCUACUGACAGUUGGCCCCUUGAGCUGGAUGUGAAAUCCGAGUGA